AUGGUGUUGUUGUUGAUUGUUUACGUUGACAGGGUCCACCUGGUCCUCCAGGUCCCAGAGGUCCCCAGGGUUCUAGUGGAGCUGACGGUGCCCAAGGCCCUCCUGGUGGAGUGGGUUCUAUGGGAGGUAAUGGAGAAAAGGGAGAGAGCGGUGAAGCCGGCAACCCGGGACCAUCUGGAGAGCCCGGUGGAGGAGGCCCCAGAGGAGAGACAGGGGAGAAGGGAGAGUCAGGACCACCUGGAGCUGCCGGACCUGCAGGGGCCCGUGGACCUGGAGGAGACGAUGGCCCCAAAGGCAACCCCGGACCCGUUGGCUUCCCUGGAGACCCUGGUCCCCCUGGAGAGCCUGGAGUUGGUGGAUUGGAUGGCUUGGCUGGAGACAAGGGAGAUGACGGAGACGGUGGUCAGCCAGGUCCAUCUGGUCCUUCUGGAGAAGCUGGACCUCCAGGACCACCCGGCAAGAGGGGACCCAUUGGACCAGCCGGUACUGAGGGAAGACAAGGAGAGAAGGGUUCUAAGGGUGAGGCUGGAGCCGAGGGGCCUGAUGGUAAAACUGGACCUGUUGGACCCCAGGGGCCCUCUGGGAAGCCUGGGCCUGACGGCCUGCGUGGAAUCCCCGGCCCUGUCGUGA